CCGCCUGAGGGGGAGGCGGCGGCGGCCUCCUCCUCCGCCGCCUCCCGGCCCGCCGUCAUGGCCCGUGCAGGGCCCCCGGCGCGGCCGCCGGUAGAGGGGCUCGGCCUCCCGCGCACGCCGGGCCCAGCCGGCCCCACCGACCGCAGGGUACCUGUGAUCUCUCAUAUGUGGAAAGAACGCUAGCAUAAAGGUGAAAAAAUGGGUGUUAAAACAUUCACUCAUAAUUCCCCUGCUCACAGUCAGGAGAUGCUGGGAAAGCUGAACAUGCUUCGUAACGAUGGACAUUUUUGUGAUAUCACCAUCCGCGUCCAGGACAAAAUCUUCAGGGCGCACAAGGUGGUUUUGGCAGCCUGCAGCGACUUCUUCCGUUCCAAGCUCGUCGGCCAAGCAGAAGACGAGAGCAAGAGCGUGUUAGACCUGCACCAUGUGACAGUGACUGGUUUUAUACCGCUCCUGGAAUAUGCUUACACAGCAACACUAUCUAUUAAUACAGAAAACAUUAUCGAUGUGUUGGCUGCAGCCAGCUACAUGCAGAUGUUCAGCGUUGCUAGCACGUGCUCGGAAUUCAUGAAGUCCAGCAUUUUAUGGAACACGCCCAACAGCCAGCAAGAGAAGGUGCUGGAUGCAGGACAGGAGAACAGCGCAAACUGCAAUUUUACUUCUCGGGAUGGCAGCCUUUCUCCAGUUUCUUCUGAGUGCAGCGUAGUGGAAAGAACCAUUCCUGUUUGCCGAGAGUCACGAAGAAAGCGCAAAAGCUACAUUGUUAUGUCUCCCGAGAGCCCCCUUAAGUGUAACACACAGACAAGUUCCCCCCAAGUGCUGAAUCCUUCAACUUCUUACCCAGAGUCCAGAAAUCAGCCCGUGGACUCAUCCUUAGCUUUUCCCUGGACUUUUCCUUUUGGAAUUGAUCGAAGACUUCAGUCUGAGAAGGUGAAGCAGGCGGAGAACUCUAGGACUUUGGAAAUGCCUGGACCCUCCGAGUCCAACAGAAGAAUUACAGAUUACAUGACUUGUGAGAGCACAAAAGCCAGUUCUCCCCUUGUGAUUGAGGAAGACGUGCGUGUCAAAGUGGAAAGGUUAAGUGACGAGGAGGUGCACGAGGAGGUAUCGCAGCCUGUUAGCGCAUCCCAGAGCUCUCUGAGCGAUCAGCAGACGGUCCCAGGAAGCGAGCAAGUGCAGGAAGAUCUCCUGAUCAGCCCACAGUCUUCCUCUAUAGGCUCAAUAGAUGAGGGGGUUACGGAGGGAUUGCCCACACUCCAGAGUACCUCUGGCACUAACGCUCAUGCAGAUGAUGAUGAUCGUUUGGAGAACGUUCAGUAUCCCUACCAACUCUACAUUGCUCCUUCUACCAGCAGCACAGAGAGACCCAGCCCAAAUGGUCCAGACAGACCUUUUCAGUGUCCAACCUGCGGGGUCCGGUUCACUCGCAUUCAGAACUUAAAACAACACAUGCUUAUCCACUCAGGCAUUAAACCAUUUCAGUGUGACCGCUGUGGGAAAAAGUUCACCCGAGCUUACUCGCUAAAGAUGCAUCGCCUGAAGCACGAAGGUAAACGCUGUUUCCGGUGCCAGAUAUGUAGUGCCACUUUCACUUCCUUCGGGGAAUAUAAACACCACAUGCGGGUUUCCCGGCAUAUUAUCCGCAAGCCUCGGAUUUACGAGUGCAAAACAUGUGGCGCCAUGUUCACCAACUCUGGAAAUUUAAUCGUUCACCUGAGGAGCUUGAACCAUGAAGCGUCAGAGCUAGCAAACUACUUCCAGAGCAGUGACUUCCUAGUACCGGACUACUUAAACCAGGAACAAGAAGAGACCCUCGGGCAGUAUGAGCUAGGGGAGCAUGGCUUUGAAAGCAACUCUUCUGUCCAAAUGCCUGUCAUUUCACAGGUGUCGUCAACUCAGAAUUGUGAAAGCACUUUCCCCUUGGGGUCUCUGGGUGGGUUGGCAGAGAAGGAAGAAGAUAUGCCAGAGCAGCCAAAGACUAACGCCACUGCUGAGGCAACCACAGGUGACCCUCCGAAACCGGAGCUGUCAUCUAUUACUAUUGAAUAAUUCAUGGUUUGGUUUCAUUUUUGUUCUUUGGAAAGUGCCUGUGUUUGGUCCUGUACAUUUUAAUUUAAUUUUUUUAAACAAAAGUGGGGAGAUUUUCCCUUUUUACUUUGUAAGCUACGCUUUAAACAGAAAACUGCAACAGAUGUUAGAUUAUUUUUCAUGACUGAAUGAUCACUUCUGUGAAAAUAUUUAAGACUGAAUGCACAAAAAGAUCUUGUCAGAACAUCAUGGAAGCUGUGAUACACUUCUAAAGAAGAACAACUGAUUCAGAUCACUUUAACUAUUUCUUCUUCCACAGUUAGAGCAGCUCAUUAAGUUUCUCUUGCUUCUGCAGACCCUCUGGUUAAGGGAAAGAAAUCAGAGGAAACCUUUUUAAAAUGACAAACAAAAGGAUGCAUUGGAAAUCAUUAUUGAACAGUUUUGACUAGUUUUGAGUGGAUGCUUUAAUCUUCUGCAUAAAAAAAGAAAAAUGACACUUCCUAUCUCUGUGCCUGCUGUUUUUCAAAGCGCUUACUGUAACCCUUUUCUUGGAAACAGUAAGCAUUUUUGAAACUAACAGUCACAGGCUUUUUAAAAACACGUUGUCCCUUUUCAUCUCAGAUGAAUCAGUUUUGACAAACCAAGAGAUGUCAUGCCAGGUAUUCCUACUUCUUAUAUUCCAGUCCUUUUAGAAACUGCUUGAUCAGGUAGCCUGUCUAGAUUUGCCCAUCUAAGGUUAGACGUGGAAAUACUACGGUCAGAAGUCUGAUGGUGCAUAAUGAAUUGAGGAUGAUAGGAAAGUGUAUAUCCGUGCAAGCCUGACAAAUAUCUCAUGACUGUAUCUUUCUGUAGAAGGGGGACCUUCUACAUGAAAUGUAUGAAAAUGAAGGUUUUCCCAAACAGAAAUUCUGAAGUCGUGGCUAGAUUGUUUGCAGAUCUGAUCACUUCCCCCUGUCAUGUAUACUGUAUCUUUACUAAUCUCCAAAAGCUAGCUAGAGGGAGUUUACAGAUGGGAAAAAAAUGAGCUCUUUUGUGUGUUAUUGCACAUUUUUUUGUUUAUACAUAUGCAUGUAUAGUUUCUGAGAUUUUUAUUAGUCUGUUUUGGACAAAACGAGCAAUUUACUCUCUUUAGAGGCCAUCUUUCUAACCCAACGGGGGGUUGUUUACAAAAAACCUAUAUAGCAAUGAUGAAUUGUUCCUGUUUCAAAACAUUUUAAGUCCUUGCCAACUCGGUUUAUUAAAGGCCAUUACUCCAGCUACAUACACAGCUCAAGUAAGCAAUAAAUUGAAAGAUUUGCAAUUUCAUUUUUCCAUAUUUAGAAAAAGCUGCAAAUUUAGGGUGUGGGAUUUUCAGAGCAGUGAGUCUUGUUUUGUCGAGGCUGUUUGGGCUAUAGUACUGCUUUGAAACCUAAAUCAGGAAAUAUAUUAGGAGGUUUGUGAUUUUUCUUACUGCUUCUUAAGUUAACUCGGUGUUUGAUGCCAAAUGCCUGUCGCCUACAGAUGACAUGCUGAGCAAGUAGGUAUUACCUGAUCUUAGUAUUCCAAAGGCAUGAUAUACUCCCUUAGUUUUGAAUCUUGGUUGGUUGUUGUUUGUUUUUUUUUAAAUUGUUGCUUUCUGUUCGGAUUUGUUUUAGGCAAAUAUGAGGAGGAAAUGAAACCAAUAGAGAAAGGUUGCUUCUGAAGAAACAGAAGACACAAAAGUCGUAUUAUAUGGCAAGAUCAAUUUGUAUUCAGUUAGCUUAGGCAGCUUUGAUACUCUGUAGGUCUGAGUUGUUUCUACUAAUAGCCAGCUUCCGUAAGGAAAAAAGUUUAUUGCCCUUUGGAAAGAGCUUAAAGGGUUUCAGUGACUUUAAAAUUUUUCUCUGCUGUGUUUUAGGUCAAUAAACCACAUUUUAGUUAGAUAGAGCAAAAACAUUUGGGAUAUAAGUCCUUUCCAAGUUGCUGGAAUGAAGUUUCUCCGCCAGAUCCAAAGGGUGUUUUAGCAUCACGCUGCAAAGAAGUUCUCUGCUACAAUUCAGUCUUGUAUGUCUACCUGUGUAAGUCUUCUUAAAAGGGCUUGAAGGAGAAAUUCUUCAUUUGGGAUGCUGUACUGUGAAUUAGUCCAGUGUCUGUUGAUGGGCUGAAUUUAAAGACCAAUUCUCUUCCAGUUCUGAUUUCUGCAACUGAGAAGCCAGUGAGACAAGACAAGGUCUUUUGCUGAGCUUUAUCCUGAAUUAUAGGGCUAUGAAACUGAACUCACAUACAUAAUUUGCUUUUUUUCUAACAAGUGUUACUCCACCUUGCAGGUAUGAGGAUCCUUUGUGAUUCAUGUAGUAAAAAGUACUUCACACAGAAACACAUUUCCAGACUGUACGGAUGUAAUGAUCAAAGGUGGUUAGAUAUAAACGGACGUAAUCUUCUGUUGGAAUCUGAUCAUUUUCACCCAUUAGAUAUUUUGCUGAACAGUUUAUCAGUGAGGAGAAGUGCAAAUACAGAAUAGACAUAUCUGGAUAUUGGAUUUUUAAGGCUUAAAAUUUUGUGUCAGAAGGCAAACUGCUUUCUGAAUACCAAAGAGAAGGGGAAAUAAAAGCUAAGACGACUUUGCAGCUCUAAUCUGUUCUUCCUUGAAAAGAAAUGAGUAUCAUUAACUGUUAACACCUUGGUACAAGGCAAGUCAUGGGUUUCAUUGGUCAUCACGCUAUGUUACACAUUCUCUUUUUAACCCUGUAAUCUCCGUGAAACAUCUUAAUUUAGUUCCCACUUUUCAGUCUGAUUCAACUGCAGGAACAAUAAGAGUUUUUAGAGGAUUUUUUUUGUUGGUUUGUUCAGUUUUAGGGUUGGGUUUACUUGUUAGUUCUCCUGUUUGUAAUCGUUUCUUGUUAGUAUCUCUUUUCUCCAUAGAAGUGAACACAGAUUAAACACAAAUAUUGUUUUAUUUCUCGUCCCUAACUUGUUGGAAGUGUUCAGUUCUUUGAAACACUGGUGUUCUUCACAGGAGAGAUGUAAAAGCAUAGGACACCUUAAAACAAUCUCUGUUGCUAAUACGCUUAGAUUCCAAAUUGAGCAAGAUAGAUAUCUAACUAAGCUAGAAGAAACUUGCCUUAAACUACACUUGGGAUUAAACCUAAAGUAUAAAUUUCUUUCAGUACAUUAUCAGAGGAUUUUGAACUCUGGACUGCAUUUUCUUUUUUUCCUCUUUUUUUUUUCUUUUCUUUUCUGUUUUUUUUCUGUAAUUUUUUCUCUCCUGCCCCCACACCCCCGGAAACCCCCAUUAUUUGGUAUGCAUUUAUGUUUCUGUGUGACAAGGAUCACAGAAUCGCGGAACAGUUGAGACUGGAAGGGACUCUGGAGGUGAUCUAGUUAACCCUCAUGCUCAAAGCAGAAUCAGCGAGAACAGGUUGCUCAGUCAGAUUUUGAAUAUCUGCGAAGAUGGAGACUCCCCAAGUUCUCUAGGAAAGCUGUUCCAGUGUUUGACCACCCUCACUGUUAAAAAGGUUUCGGUAUGUUUGCAUGGGAUUUCUUGUUUUUCACUUUGUGCCCACUGAGAAAGGUCUGGCUCCAUCUUCUCUGCCCCCUUCUAUCCAGUAGUUUCACAGAUGGAUAAGAUCCUCCUGAGCCUUCCCCAGGCCGAACAGCCCAAUCACUCCCAGCCUGUACGGCAGAUGUUCUAGUCCCUUUCUCAUCUUUGUGGCCCUUACAAGUUGUUUAGAAUUUCUUCCAAAUAGCUACACGCACAACACAUUGCAGCAGUUUCUUUGUCAAUGAGUAGUCUCCAAAUGAAUUCACCAAAUGAUUUAUGUCUUGCUUUUUGCGUAUCCUCCUCCCAUGCGGCACCAAUCUUUGCACUCAGUGGAAAAUCCUGUCCUCGCCCAUUUAUUUUGCAAGCAGAGUGCCUUUACUACCACAGAACUAGCAAGGUUCUGCCGUAUGCCAGGGACCCGGAUUCUCGGAGUCUGUGUGGGGUCUUUACUCCUUGCAUAUUGUGUAGAGCAGUACGUCUGAUGGGAACAAUGGGAGGGGAAGGGAUAGGCUUUUUCCUGAUUUAUCAUGGUGUUUUGGGAGAGGGGAGAAGAUUCAGAAGCUUUCUAUUUCCCUGCAAAGAGUGGAAGAAAAAGAAGUUAGGUUUUCACUGUGCGGGAGUUUUGGCCAGGUUGUAAGGGUUUGUUUUGUUUUUCGAUGCAGACACAUAGCACAACUCCCCUGGAAGUCCAUGGGGAUACCUACACUUUUAGCAGCUUAAGCUCCCCGUAAGAGCUGCUUGUCACUGUUCUUACACCACAUUAAAAAAGGUGUGUGUUCCUGACGAUUUGUCUGUCUUACUACAGUUUGAGUUCAGUUGUCAGGCUCGCAGAUACUAUGGUCAAGUCUCUCAUACUGAGAGAUUAGUAGACUAGGUUAUUGAAAAUGGUUCUGGGUUCACAUGUAUCCUGAGUCUAAAAGGUAUGAAUUUAAACUUUUUUAAAAAGUAAUAGCUGCCAAUGCAGUAAAAUAUAUUUUAUAAGACUAUGAUCCCUAUAUGUCCCUUACGGGAUAAAAUUUUAUUGUUUUUAAGCUAUGGUUUAAAGUUUUUAUAUGAGGGCUUCAGUCGCUUCUUGGUUGCUGGCUUUCCCCUCCAGCCCCAGGAUGUAAGAGCACUGAGACUAUUGCCGGUCUCUCUCUGAGACGAACCAUGAAGCAUUUUAUAUGCAAAUAGAACGGGAGCUUUGUGCACCCUGCAGGGAUGGAGAAAAUGCAGAUGCAGGAGCACCUGUCGCUCCUACAUCCAUUACAACUUCCACACCAUCAGAAUAUGGAAAAUAGCUAAUUUUCAUUCAGAUCGAUUAAGUUCGAGUUUUGCUUAUGAGGUGAAACCCAGUUUUGGAGGUUUCUCAUCUCCAGUUAUGGACAUAAUAAAUUCCAUAGCACCUUGAUGACAGAUAAGAGGGUUCAAGGCCGGACGGUACCUCAGCCACAUCAGAGGUCCCUAGCAAAUAGAAUCGGUUCAAAGUAUUGGAGGAAAUGUACCAUAAAAAACAAAUGUGAAUUUUUUUAAAUGCAACAGUACUUACUGCUCUGGGUUUUUGUUAACUCAAUGUGUGCUAUCACAGUAAUUCAGUGUCCCACAGGUCUCAAAUCGGGUUGCACUAAAAAAAAAAAUAAAAUAAAUAGCUGAAUCAGUUUCUGGUGCUGCCAGCCUGUGUGGCAACUGUACCUGCAGUCUUCCUGAGGGUUGCUGAAGUCCCCAGAGGAGUGAUUUUGUUUAACCAUUCGUUUAGCUGAUGCAUGCUUUUGAUAUUCUGACCUAUAGCCCUGGCUACACCAAGUUCUUGGACAGCUUCUUUGCCCUGUUCCUGCAGUGCCUUCACUCUAGGUGCUGCCCUAUGGUGAAACCCCAAAGAGGGAAAAGAGUAAGCUGGAGGAAAAAAUGUGAAUUAAAUUAUUGUUGGGCUUCUUUGUGCAUUUUAGUAACAGUGAAACCCCCUUAACUGUGCCAGUCUCCAGUCACCAGCCGUAUAUCCAGUCGUCAUCUCAUCCACAGUACAGCUUCUCUUGUUGAUGCUGGCCACAGCUAGAUUACUUGGCAUGUUUAUUGACUUAACAGAAUUGUUUUUUGGUUUUGGUUUUGUUUUUUAAUGUAUACGAUGUUUAAAUACACUUCACAUUUUAUAUAAUACUAUCUGGCUAUUAGUAUUUUUCAGGAACCAUAGUUCUUGGUGGCUAUAUAUAUUUUUGUGACUUUUUUUGUAAACUAAGUGCCGUUUCAACGUUACAAUCAUUUUUAGAGUUAUUGUAAUCAAUGUGAAUAUCAUGUUUUUUCAAAUCUGUUCUGAGCCUGUAGUGUUUGCUUUGUGAUCAUAUGUGUAAUGUAUAUAUUCUGUAUAGUUACAUUGUAUUGAAAUACUAGCUUGUUUGAUAUAAGAACAGUAUGUAUUGGGUACCUUUUUGCUAGCCUGGUUGUUUAAUCUUUAAAAAAAAAUGUUCUAAAAUACAAAAAAAAAAUAAUCUCCAAACUGGUCCCAUUAUAGGUCAAAAUUAAGGGGGGAGAAAAACUAGUUUUGAGUGUCUUUGGAUAGAAACAUGAAGCUUAAGAUUUUUCAUUAAAAUAUUAAUGUUUUAUGGAGUA